AAGUCACUUUUUGUCAAAAUGUUUAUUAUUUUAAACUUCUUAUGAACCUCGAAAAGAAUGAUCUCAUGAAAUAGUGACUAAUUACCGGUAAUAUUAAUAGCAUUCAACAUAGCAACAUACUGCAGUAAUAACAUGGCUUCUAUUCAUAACGAGGAUAUAAUUAAAAAAUUGAUAAAAAAGACUACUGUACCACUUAUCUUACGACAAUUUGUUGACGACUGGCCUUUAUGCUGGUGGAACUUGGAAAAAUGGUCUUCGAUUUUUGGAGACAAAGCGGUGCCUUUCCGCUGUAUGAAGAGAAAUUUCAUUUCGACGGGUCCUUGCUGGGAAAGGAUGUGCAGCGAGAAGUUAAUGACAUUUCAUGAGUUUGUUGGUAAGGCAGAGGAGAGUGAAGAGUGGAUGUAUUUUGAUUAUAAAUAUUUACAGCAAUGGUUUAAUGGACAUAAUGAAUUAAUUAAGGAGGUCUCAUGGAAAAAGUUUGGACAUCCUGAUAAAAAUGCUUCACACAGUACUCUGUGGAUUGGAAGCAAAGGAGCACAUACUCCAGCUCACCAGGAUACUUAUGGAUACAAUAUCAUAACACAGUUGUAUGGAAAAAAGCGUUGGAUACUGUUCCCUCCUGAGACUGGUAACCUGAAGCCGACCAGAGUGCCUUAUGAAGAAUCCAGUGUGUACAGUGAACUGAAUUUCUACUGUCCUAGUAAUUUAGAUAGUUUUAAUGCUUUGACUGGUGCUCGAUUGGUAGAGUUGUCAGCGGGAGAUGCUUUAGUAGUGCCUAGAGGCUGGUGGCAUUAUGUACAAAAUAUUGACAAUGUCAAUAUUGCUCUUAACAUAUGGUUACCACAUGAAAAGGAUACCUCAACCCAAGUUUCUGAAGCAUUGGUUAAAAUUUUAGUAGCUCAACUAUGUAAAGACUUGCCUCAAGAAACGGCUAAGCUUCUAGUCAAUCCAAAUGAGGAUGAUAUAUCGGAGACACCUUUAGCGGUGCUAUUUCUGCAACUGGACACGGUCGCUAAGACUUAUUUAGACAAUAAGAAGAAACUACGACGUGUCAAACGACAGAGAACUUGUGACAUCGACUCUGAUACAGUGUCACAAGCAGAAGACGAAAUCGAUUUAAAAAAAUUACUAGAUAAUAAAGAAAAUAAGCUAGAAUUAGCGACAAUGUUAAAUACAAACGAUUUAAUAGAUUUAUUAAAAGAUAAUAUAAAGAUGUUUGUUAAUGAUGGCAAACAAAUCGAUGAUGACGAGAUAGAGGGCGCCACUGACAAACUUCAUUUGACAAAAGCUGUCAUAGACGCGUUCUGUCAAAGUAAUGUGAUAGAACUUGUUAAGCAGAAUUUGUGUGAACGUCUCGGUUAAUUUUAUUUUAUCUAUGUAAUAAAAGAUUCUGACAUAAAUAACAGAAAUAGGCAAUAUCUAUAUGUGAUUUUUUUUUAUUAGUAUUUGUUACAUAUUUUUUGCUGAUUUAUGCAUCUGUGAUGUGACGUAGUAAAUUAAAAAAAACGUACUUAAUUACUAUAAGUAAAAGUAUUAUAUUAUGCUGGGAGCAAAUAAAUUACAA